UCCAUGUCUAUAGAAAUAACCUUUCAACAAUACUCCAUGUCUAUAGAAAUAACCUUCCAACAAUACUCCAUGUCUAUAGAAAUAACCAUUCAAUAAUAGUCCAUGUCUAUAGAAAUAACCUUUCAACAAUAGUCCAUGUCUAUAGAAACAACCUUUCAACAAUAGUCCAUGUCUAUAGAAACAACCUUCCAACAAUACUCCAUGUCUAUAGAAAUAACAUUUCAACAAUACUCCAUGUCUAUAGAAACAACCUUUCAACAAUAGUCCAUGUCUAUAGAAAUAACCAUUCAAUAAUAGUCCAUGUCUAUAGAAAUAACCUUCCAACAAUACUCCAUGCCUAUAGAAACAACCUUUCAACAAUACUCCAUGUUUCUGGAGAUAACCUUUCAACAAUAAUUCAUAGUUUUUAAUAAUGCUGACUUGUUACCCUAUCAAAAAAUCUGAAAAGAAAUACAGCCUAUUCUUGACCUAACACUGGUUGAAAGCGGUCAUGGAUGAAUUUACUUAGGUCUACAUCUGACAGAUUUCUAAGAGAAUCAGAAAAGAAAAGCAGCAACGGUCGUUGAACAUUCAACAAAUUACUAGUUCCACGAGUUUCGGGACACAAUCAGAGCUCACUAGUGUCCGUGAACGUCAACGGUCUUGAAGAAGUCAAGGCCAAAAUGGAAAUUAUACGUCAAGCCAAAUGUAUUGUGGGAAGACUUUUUUGUUCACAUUUUCCAGUGAGAGUACACAGAGAUAUUAUUGGAUACAUAAAACUAAAACUUUCAAAAUGUGUUUCCUGCCCGUUCUUAUCCUGUGGCUUCAUAUAGAAGGGUUAAAGAGAACCGAAACACUAUAUCGUAUAAAUAUGACUUCGUUUAAAUUCGCGCUCGUUUUCGUCGUUCUUCUCGCACCGGGAAAUGCGCAAACAUGCCCGAGCCGGGACGAGAUCUGGCCGUGCUACUGCUUCGACGGUCCUACCGUAAACUGCUCGACGAUACACGACGAAAGUGUGUUGAUCGAAGCCUUGAGAGGAGCCGAAGGAAUUAACGUAAGCAAGAUAAUACUUCACAAGUGUAGGCUUAGCUCUCUUCCUCCCUCGCUGUUUGAAAAUAUAACAGUCAGUCACUUGGAGAUGAGACAUUCGUCGCUAGAGAGCCUGGCACUAAUGAAUGAUUUUCUCCAUCUUUCGCCAUCCUUGGUCAGUUUAUCGUUUUUCAAGACGAACAUAGAGAAUUUUUCCACUGACUGUGAGAACUGUACAUCUCUAGACUUCCCUGUAUUCGAGCAGCUUAUAUUCAACACUGGAAGUUGUUUGAUUUCUCCCUUCGGGGACCUUCACAAUUGGGUGACUCUUCGACAGUACGACUGUCGAUACGGGGAACUGGGAACGGUUCUGACCCUACCGGACGAAUUUUUAGGAAACUUUUCUCAGAUAGAAACUGUUAACCUCAACCGGAUUGGCCUCACAAAUAUCAAAAGAAAGCACUUUCCGAAACCUGCUUUACACCUGAAGAAACUGGACUUGAGCUCCAACCCGCUGGUAUUCCUGCCGGAUGACUUGUUUCAAGCAAUGCCUGUGCUAGAAAACAUUCGAUUGUACUACACAUUUCUGACGACAGUUAGUUGGCAGACCUUUGCCCCAGUAUGGUACCAGCUAACUACGCUAUAUCUAAACAACAUUCCUCUCCAUUGCGACUGUAAAGUGGCUUGGCUCGCAGAACGAACACCUCCAACUCGUUUUGGCGCCCCCUCGUGUGAAACGCCGCCCGCCCUAAAAUCCAAGGUCAUCACAUUAUUCAACCGUUUCGACCUCUGUGACCAUUACCAUUUUACGUCACUCGUGGACGUUAUCACCGGAAAUUUAAAUUGAUUGCUCUGUUGUUCUCUUUUAUUCUUUUGACAAUUCAGUUAUUUAGCUUUUCUUUUAAUUAUUUCUGACCA